UAAAAGAUGAAGUAGUAGAUAUAUGGAGCGGUUGUAGCACUUUUUACAAAUUUCGUAUUGCAUAAAAUUCACAUUUAGAGCGCAUGGAGAUAUUAGGUAUUCCAAAAUUAGUUUUUAACGUGCCCAGUGACUUGAGAGUAAAAAAAAAAAAAAUUAUGUGCCUAUUUUCAAAGUAUAAAAUUGAUGCAUCUGAAAUCUAGCCAGUUGAACUUAAUUGCUGGUAUAAAAUCAACAAGGAACAAGUCAAACGACUAUGCAAACAAUGAACGACGGCUAUGCACUAGGAUCAUCAUCGCACCAGUGAAACUUUAAGUGCAAUUAAAUAUUUUUUGUGAUUAUUAUGCUGUAAUAACUAAAUUUUUAAAGUUGUUAGUUGUUUUCAAGAAAAGUUGUUUAUACUUUUUAAGGGUCUUUGGUUUUCCAUAUGUAUGCGAACUACAUGUGUUUCGAAUUUCUGCUUCCCAUAGAAGCCGUAUUUAGUUGAGCUUGUUAGUAUAAGUCCUAGUUGUAUGUUGCUUUUUUUUCUCAGGAAUUAUUGUUGCUGUUUUGGGUUUUUCUGCGUGUUAACAACUACCUUCUCUCGGGAAUAGUUCACCUUUUAUGAAAAUUUUUACUUGUCACAUCUUAUUACAUCCCCGUUCUAAAAGUCGCUCCUCGUGAGGAAAUGUCUUGCUACGGCCUGUUUAAAAAAUAAAUUAAUAUAUCGGAACUUCAUAUGCAUAUAUUAAGUUAUAUCGUACAUACAAUCGUGUGUAUUGUGUAUAAUAAAAUCUCAUUUACAUACAUUUAUCAAGCUUUUAAGCCCAUAUUUAAAUAUUUGCUUUACUUAUAUAUUUUUAAAACCUCCAUAUGACACAAACUCAAAACAAAAAAACAAACAAUACCUAUUUCGUAUUGAAAUUGUUGUGGUUCGAAUUCGCUCAAUCGCUCGUCUUUGCACUACGUCCAAAAAACUAUAAACUUUAGGCAUUGAUGGCACAACAAAAUAAACAAGUUGACGAGGCCAUUGAAAUGGCUCAGAAUACGCUGUUGGAGAAGCAGGCCGAGGAGAAUGGCAUAGUGUUGCGAGACUUUGACGGCGUAUUGCAGCCAAUAAUUGAGUCAUGUACCAAGGAUAGCAUUUCCGCAGGCAAAAACUGGAUAUUACAGCAUUCAUCCGACAGCGCAAAAAGCAAUGUUGUUUUACAAUAUCUUUUAAAAAAGGCUUUGGUCAAUGGUUCAACGUUUCAACAAAAAUUGCAUCUUAUAUAUUUAGUAAAUGAUAUACUUCACCACUGCGUACGCAAGAAUUCUCAUGACUUGAAGAAUAACUUGGAAAAUGUGGUCAUACCAAUGUUUUGCAGCGCUGACUUAAUUGCCAGUACGGAGCAGCGUGCGAAAUUAACAAAACUUCUAUCACUAUGGGAAUCAAAGGCGAAAUUUUUCGACGCUUGCGUCAUAUCGAAGCUGCAGUCGCCAGAUUCGUCAAUGCAAGAAUACAAAACUAAUUUGCAAAAUUUACACCAAGAUAUUGUUACGAAAUUCGCACAAACCACUAAGGCCACACUUGAUAACUACCAGAAGCAACAUCAAAUCUUCAUCCAACAUGCAACGCAACAAAUCACCCAAUUGGAGCAACAGAAGCAACCAUUGGAACAGCAAAUGUUGGCAUCGGUAUUGCCCAAUGCAGCUGCGAUUUUGCCGGCAGUCGCCGCGUUACCUCCACAACAGCAGCAGCAACAGCCCAUUAUUCCGAAGAUUCCACCGCUUAUGGCGCAGAAGGUGUCCAUGCCAGAUGAUGAUGAUGAACUUAUGAAACCGCCUGGUGUUGAUGAUAAUAGUUAUGGCGGUGUUGGGAAUCAUCACUAUCAGCAACAACAGCAAUAUGACAACAACAUAAAUUUCGUUCCACCAAGUGGUCCGCAGCAAAAUAACUUUGCGCUCGACAACAUGCCGCAGCAGGGAGGAGCGGGGAAUUUCUUUAUACCGGACAUGUCAAAACCGCCUCCAGGUUUUGCGGGCAACGCUCCGCCCAGUGUCGUUGGCAACAAUCAAAUGCCGGCGGGCUUGCAACAGCCAUUUGGCCAAAUGAACAACAUUCCGCACUCUGCCAAUAAUAAUAAUGGUAACGUAGGCGCUGGCAGCCUUGAUGGUGCGAACCUAAAUUCAGCUGCUGCCAAUAUUGAUGUACUAGCGUUAAACGCAGCCAUACAGCUUGUGUUGAAACAAAAUCAACAACUACAAAACUCUCAUCAGAAUUUAGAGGCAUCUGGGCAGCAACAUCUAACACUACCAGAAAUUCAAUCAGAUUCGCAGCAAUUAACACAAACUCAAAUGCCGCCGCAUCACAUGCUUGACAAUGAUGAGAUUUCUCCGCCAAUGGGUCUCAUGCCGUCCGAAAUGGAAAUGGAGGAACAAAAACCAUCAGCGCCUUAUUAUGACUUGCCUGCUGGAUUGAUGGUGCCAUUGAUACGUUUAGACGACUAUAACUACAAGGCUUUGGAUCCGGCUGAUAUACGCUUGCCACCACCUGCGCCACAAAGUGAACGUUUGACCAAUGCGCUAGCGGCAUUCUACGCACCACCAACGCACGAUCGGCCGCGUGAUACCGAGGGUUGGGAAAAGCUCGGUCUUUACGAAUACUAUAAAGUGAAAAAUGCGGCGAGAAAACAGAAAGAGGAUGAACUACAAAAAGGUGAACGCGAAAAAACACGUUCGCCUUCCCCUAUCGUCCUGGAAAAACCCAAAACAAAGAAAUCUAAUAAGCGCUGCUAUCGAUCGAAAAGUCGCAGUCGUUCAAAGUCACGAUCACCAUACCGAUCACCACCGCCUCCAGCGCGUCCAUCAAGACGCAAUCGCUACAGCCGACGUAGUCGUUCACCUAGAAGGUCACCACAGAGAGAUAGAAAUGAACGAGAGCGCGAUGCUUCAAACAGUAGUCGCGAAAAUCGAUCAGAACGAGCCAAUCCACGUCGAGAGCGCUCUGUCACUCCACCAAGUUUCUUUGGUGGAAAUUUUCCAAAGCCCAAUGAGUUUAUCGAGGAAUCUAAUAAGGGCCAUCAAAUGUUGAAAAAAAUGGGUUGGGCUGGCUCAGGCACUGGUCUAGGCUCAAAGCAACAGGGCAUCGAUCAACCUAUUUCAGGAGGCGAAGUACGCGAUCGCAAAGACAUGUUUAAGGGUGUAGGUGUUAAUAUGAACGAUCCCUUUGAAAACUUCCGUAAAAAUAAGGGUGCAGCGUUUGUGCAUCGAAUGCGUGCACGCGAUGAAAAGAGUUAAAUUAAUUUUUUAUA